GGCCACCCCUCACGGUUCACCGUCUAAAUGCAUAAUUAUUUUCGUCCAAGCCGAGCAAGUUGCCAAUUGGACUGUUCCUUCUCCCGAACAUCGUGCUAUGACGUGAUCAUCGCGCAUAUACAACAUCAUGUCCGCCAAAGGCAAGGAAGCUGCCUCCGAGAAAGAGGCCGGUGCCACGAACCCCCGAGGCAUCCCGUAUGCGCCGUUCGUCGACAAGGUCGAGGACUAUGUCUCAUCACGCGAGGAGGUCGAGCAGACCCUACGAAGCUUCCAGGAGAUGAUAUCGAAAUACCAGUUCAUGGAGCUCAAUUUGCAGAGGAGGGUAACAGGCCUGAAGGACAAGAUGCCGGAUAUCCAGAAAACGCUCGAGACAGUCCGGUUCUUGAAGACGAGAACGGAGGAGUCGGACCCCAUUGAGACGACGUUCGAGCUCAACGACACAUUGUACGCCAAAGCAUCGUUGCCGCCAACGGAGGAAGUAUUUCUCUGGCUCGGGGCAAACGUCAUGUUGUCAUACCCAAUCGACGAGGCAGAAACACUCUUGGAGUCGAAGCUCUCGGCAGCAAAGUUGAGUUUUGCUAAUUGCGAAGAAGACCUGGAUUUCCUGCGCGAACAGAUUACGACCAUGGAAGUCGCGAUAGCGCGGGUUUACAACUGGGAUGUUGUGCAAAAGCGGAAAGAAAAGGCGGACGAGGACGGCAAAGGUGGAGGCAAGAAGGAAGGGGACGGAGACGGACACCCCAACGGAUGAUGGACCGGACCGUCGCAAUCUCCCUGGCGGUGAGGCAGUAGAUGAUUGUGGAGCAAGUCGGUGGCCCAUGCCAUUACGAGAUACGGCUCGAGAAAGAGGAUAUCUAUAAUACUAGACUCCACGUAGUGUGUAUCUCAUCGUCUGCUGAUAGAAGAUCCAUGGGUUUACGAGCUUGACGGCUAGGGCGACAGAAACCCCAAUUGGGGCUAGCUGUUGGGCCUGACGUCAGACAAUGCCCAUAUUGCUGGCUGCAGCCAGCCAUCCCAACUAUCGGCUUACCGUCCAACCCAAAUGAGCAUUUGCACACAUCGGA